GCUUAGUAACCACUUGUCAGUGCUGCUGGUGACAAUAAGGCCUAGCAGGGCAGCAGCAUUAGUGGAUGGAACAACCUAUUCCAAACGCCUUAUGGCCUCAUAUGAAAAGGGACAAUCUCUCCGGACCAGAAAUGACACCCCUCAGGUUACUUUAUUUAGCGUCAAAGUCAGGCUACAGGAAACAGGAGAGAUGUUCAGGGUGCCAUGCUGCAGUCGGCUUACCAAGGUGGCAGAGCUGAUAGAGAGGCUUGAGUUGGUAGCAGGCAUCCCUGCUCACUUCCAGAGACUCUCCUACAUUGAUGAAGGAGAUAUGCCUGAUAAAUCAACCUUUAAAUACAAUGGAAUAAUUCCCAAGGGCACCAUAUCUUUGCGUACCUGGUCCCAGGAUGGCUGCAGUGAUCUUGUUAAAGCAGCAGCAGAAGGAGAUUUAACAAAGCUGAAAUGCUUGGGGGUGACUGUAGACUCCAAUUACAACACACCAAACUCUUUGCUUUUAAGCUUGGAAGCCAGAUGUGACUGGGUGGCAGCAAGAGCAAGCACUGCACUCUAUAUUGCCUCUCACAGAGGCCACACAUCAAUGGUUCACUUCCUUUUGCGCAAUGGAGCAAAUGUACAUGGCAAAACUUCACUAGGGAACAGCCCUCUUCAUGUAGCAGCUGCCAUGGGAAACUGUGACUGCAUUGAUGAACUGCUGGCGUAUGGGGCAGAAAUACAAGACACUGAUGGAAAUGGUCAUUCAGCUCUUGACUUAGCAGCCCUCUGGGGCCAAAAGUCUGUUGAAAACAGACUCUUCCUUUACCAGUGGAGAAAGAGAGCAUCCAAAGUAUCACUCAAAUCACAUCUGGAUCCCAAGGAGCUUUUUCCACAUCAAAAAUUUGACUCAAGUCUACAAACAUGGCGGCGAGGGCCUCAGGCCAAAAAUUACAUGGUUAAUCUGGUUAACCAUGGAGAAUAUUCCGGUUCUAAUAUAAAUGCUCCGAGAAAACACAGCAGUGUAAGAAGACAAGCAAAUCUCAAAGAAUCAAAUGUAAACAUGAAACCAUCUAUAGAUAAACCAGGUUGAUGCUCACCCGCAAUAACAUUUGUAGCUUGUAAUGAUUCAAUAACAUCGUCAAGUCUGUAAUCACUUAAAUUUAAAAAAAAUAAAACCAAGAAGUCAAAUUGU